GAGGCCACGCACCGCACCGCAGCCCAACUCAUCUCUCUAAUUGCAUUCAAGCACUGUCCGUGUGCGUUGAACCUGAAAAGCAAGCCUUUUCCCUCACUCCUUCCUAGUGCCCGCCUUUCUGUCACCAGGCAGUAAAGGGCGUCGAUCACUCAAAAUGGCAGGUCGAUAUGAGUACGGCCAUCUUGGCCAGGCCGACGACGAUGACCACGCGGCACUCUACCCAGCUGACGCAUACGAAGCAAACGCAGCCGCAGCAGCAGUGGCAGCAGCCAGCUCGACAGGACAUUCACCAUUCGGGGACGUCCAUGCCGUGCCUGCCCAUCGGGCCAUCAACAUGCGAGGCGGCGGCAGAGGUGGCCACGCGCCGCAGCUUAGCGAAAGCUUCUAUGCCGAAGCUGCGAACGCUCUCGCGAGUGGUGCUAAUGGCAGCGGUGCCGAUUCUGCAAGCCCAUAUCGCGCCGCUGCGAUCAUGAGCCCGAUUAGCGAAAACGGGCCAUCAUCCUAUGGCUACGCAGCAGGAGGUCGACCGCCGCCGUCGUCUGCUCCACCGUAUGCAGCUGGCGGGAACGAGGGGCUCUCGGCGCAUCUGCCUACACUGCUCGCCGAUGCGCAAUACGGCCCCGUUGCUUCCUCGCACAGCCAGUCAGCAGCGUCAUAUGACGACGACAACAUCAUGCGCAGUUACUCUCCUGGCAUGGUCGUUGAGGACGAAAAGGUAGACAAUGACGCCGGCUACACGUACUACGGCACCGGGCCUGCAUUGGCGUCGUACGACAACCGCAGUGGAGACUCGUACGGUGCUCAGCGCGGGCCCGAGGAUAUCUUCAGCCCUGCAAGCGCAUAUGACGACGACAAGGAGUUCUCCACACCCGACCCUUUCAGCAAUGCGGCCGCCUAUAUUCCGAGUCCAUACUACGGUGACGAGGAUGGGACGACGCUUGGGCACAAGGAAACCCACUUGGAUGAAGAGGGCAAUGGGCCCGGCUUUCUGACCGGCGACGGAUCGCGCCUCGACGGUGUAGGUAUUCCUGCGCUCGACACGCAGCACUUUGGCCCUGCUCCCGCGCGCGGCGCGCAGCUGCGGCGGCACAAGACCAAGAAAAAUGUCAAGCUCACGCAGGGUAACCUCGUCCUCGACUGCCCUGUGCCGACCAAGCUGCAGAGCUUCCUGACACGCAGGGGCGAAGACGAAUACAUGAACAUGCGAUACACGGCCGUCACGUGCGACCCGGACGAGUUCUCCGAAAACAGCUACACGCUGCGUCCUGCGCUGUUCCAUCGCCACACGGAGAUCUUUAUCUGCGUGACAAUGUACAACGAGGAUGAAAUUCUCUUCACGCGCACCAUGCACGGAGUCAUGAAAAACAUCGCGCACCUGUGCUCGCGGAACAAGUCGCGAACGUGGGGCGUGGAUGGCUGGAAAAAGGUCGUCGUGGCGAUCGUCGCGGACGGGCGCAAGAAGGUGCAUCCUCGCGUGCUGGACUGUCUGGCCGCGAUGGGUGUGUACCAGGACGGCGUGGCGAAAAACGUGGUGAACAACAAGGUGGUACAGGCCCACGUGUACGAGUAUACGACGCAGCUUUCGAUCGACACGAACCUGCAGUUCAAAGGCGCAGAGCGCGGGCUGGUGCCCAUGCAGAUCAUCUUCUGCCUCAAGGAGCACAACAAGAAGAAGAUCAACUCGCACCGCUGGUUCUUCAAUGCGUUCGCGCCCGUUCUACAGCCCAACGUGUGCAUCCUCCUCGACGUCGGCACGCGCCCAGAGAACAAGUCGAUCUACUACCUCUGGAAGGCAUUCGACUUGAACUCGAACGUCGCCGGCGCGUGUGGCGAGAUCUGCGCCGACACCAAGGGCCGAUUUGGGCUGGGCCCUGCGCUGCUCAAUCCGCUCGUUGCAGCGCAGAACUUCGAGUACAAAAUCAGCAAUAUCCUCGACAAGACGACCGAGUCAGUCUUUGGAUACAUCAGUGUCCUUCCGGGCGCCUUCUCGGCGUACCGCUACAUUGCGCUGCAGAACGACUCGCUCGGGCACGGCCCGCUCGCGUCAUACUUCAAGGGAGAGACGCACCUCGGCGCCGAGGCGGACGUGUUCACGUCGAACAUGUACCUCGCCGAGGACCGUAUCCUGUGCUUUGAGCUGGCGGCGAAGCGCGACUCGAGCUGGGUGCUCAAGUACGUCAAGAGCGCCCGCGGCGUCACGGAUGUGCCGGACACGCUCGCAGAGUUCAUCUCUCAGCGCCGCCGCUGGCUCAACGGCUCGUUCUUCGCGGCGGUAUAUGCGUUAUGGCACUUUCGUCAAUUCCUGCAGAGCAGCCACAGCGUCUGGCGCAAGACGGCGCUGGUCGCCGAGUCAGUGUACUCGCUGAUCAACUUGUGCUUUGCGUGGUUCUCGCUGGCGAACUACGCCAUUUUCUUCAUCUUGCUGUCGCGCUCGCUCGAGGCGCCGUCGUUCCACCUACCCAAAAUCUCGAUCCUGAACACGAUCGUAGAGUACACUUACCUUGGCACGGUCAUCGCAUGCUUCAUCUUUGCUCUCGGAAACAGGCCCCAAGGGUCCAAGUGGAAGUACCUCGCGGCGGUGAUCAUAUUUGCAGUGUGCACGGCGUACAUGAUGCUCGCAGCUGUGCUGUGCUUUAUCCAGGCCGUGCACAAUGUGCACAACGCCAUUUACGCACAAAUGGUCGUCUCAGUGCUGGCGACGUACGGUGUAUACCUGAUGAGCUCGGUGAUAGCGUGCGACCCGUUGCACCUGGUCACGUCUUUUAUCCAGUACUUGCUGCUGGCGCCAACGUACGUGAACGUGCUGAACAUCUACGCGUUCUGCAACCUGCAUGACUUUAGUUGGGGCACCAAGGGCGAAAGCACGGUCUCGACCGACCUCGGCGCGGUCACCGCGUCGGGAAAAGGGACUGUGGAGAUCACGCUGCCGACGGCACAGGCGGACAUUGACGCUGCGUACGACGAGGCCCUGCACAAGUUGCGCACGCGGCCGAUGAUCAUCCGCGGCGACGCGUCGCGCGAGGAGAAGGAAGUGCGGCGGAUGGACUACUACAAAAACAUCCGCACCAACGUCGUCCUUGCAUGGGCGCUGUCGAACGCCGUGCUCGCGUCGGCGAUUCUCACCGGCUCGGACAGCAGCACGUUCGAGGCGCGCAGCGGGACGACACGCACAAAGGUCUACAUGGUCCUCGUCCUCGUCUUUGUCGGCGGCAUGGCGUGCGUGCGCUUCAUCGGCUCGACGCUCUACAUGCUCAUCCGCCUCAUCAGCGGGUGAUCCGCGGACGUGCUUGUCCGCCUUU